CCAUCGACGGUUCAUCAUCUGCAUACAUCCUACUUAUUCUAUAAAUUGGACGCAAAUUCCUGAGGACAAGCAUAGCAAACAUCAUUGCAAGUAUACAUAAACAAAAGAGAAAGAAAAAUGGCAACCCAGUGGUGUCCUUAUAUUGGGAAGAACUCAUGGCCGGAGCUUUUGGGAACAAAUGGAGACUAUGCGGCUUCGGUGAUAAAAGGAGAGAACUCGAGCCUUCAAGUUAACGUGAUUUUGGUUGGAACUCCGGUGACUCCGGACCUCAGGUGCGACCGCGUUAGGGUGUGGGUUAAUGAAAGCCGUCUCGUCGUCAAAAACCCAACCGCCGGCUAGACAAUGUAUAUUGACCACAAUUACUAAUUUACUAUGCAUGCGUUGUACUAAUAAAAUAAACUAUAUAGAAUGUGAUAUAUCUAUCGUUUGAAUUGCUGUAAUGGUUGUGGUGUCCGAUCAUAUAAAACCGAGUUUUUUUUUCUUCUA